CGACACGACCGACGACGGCGCAGAGCCCGCACGGCGUCCGUCCAGGUCAACUGGUUUUACCGCGUCGUCCGUUGCGUGUUUUUCGUUCUUUUUUUUUUUUAAAUAAUAUCGUUUUUCCGUUGCCGUCGUCGUAACACUUCGCAGCCGAACUCAGUGUGGUGCCGAGUGUUAAACAGUGUGCAGGUGUGUAGUCGAUUUUUUUUAAAUUACGGGCAGCUUGAAAUACGCACGAAACAUCGCCGGUGAACGAGACAGCAGCACAUUAUUAUCGUACAGAAGCCCGGUGGUCGGUAUAAACGAACGCGGUUCGGUGACCAAGUGUUCUCUUACUAUACCGCGGUCGUUCGUUUUCGUUGGGAUUUAUUUUUUUGGCACACCUGUUGCCCGCGACCGUGGUGCGAUAAUCUUGUUUUUUUCCUCGGGUUUUCGCGCUAUGCGUUUCGCGAAGAUUAUUGCGAAUAUCGCGACGACGUCGUUCGAGGAGCCAGCUGCUGCUGUGACGACGACUAGUCGUUAAACGAUAGCGGUUGUCCCUUGCCGACGACGUUUAUAGUUUUGACACCGGGGAACCUACUUACGGGGUUACCUACAGUUCGUCUCGCAUAACGGUCACCGUUCGCCGUCGCCAUUCGGUCCAUCGUCGAUAUGCUGUGCGCCGAGGAAUUGAUCGGCGGCUUCGACGAGGCGGACGCGUCGGCGUUCAAGUCGCCCAUCCGUAGACUCGGCUCUACCAGGAAGAUACUUUACUUCAACAAUAUUCGCCUCCAGCUUAACGAACAUCUACGAUGUCUAGACAGUCGAGUGGAAGCACAAGUAUCCUUAGUAUCCGAACUUCAAGAUUACUUCAGAAGACGGGCCGAAGUGGAAAUGGACUACAGCAAAAGCCUGGAUAAAUUAGCUAAAAGUUUACAACUUCGCCACAAAGAGCAAAAACAAAAGAGAGAACAGUGGUCGUUGUUUACUAGCUACUCGUGUUGGCAGCAACUGGUGUUGCAAACGAAAAAUCUCAGUAAAGAUCACGGAGCGCUCAGUGAACUUUAUUCCACUCAUCUAGUCAGCAGAUUGUCUCAGGUCACUGAAGAUGUACAAAGGAUAUAUAAAAGAUGUCGGGAGAUUUGUUACGAAAUCCACGAGGAAAUAUUACGGGUUCUCCACGAGCUGCAUACCACCAUGAAAACAUAUCAGUCGUAUCAGACCGAAGCCAAACAGGCAGAAGCGAAGCUUAAGGUGGCUGAAAAUCAAAGACUGAAAAUCGAACAGGCAGUUCCUAAAGAAAAACUAGAUAAGUCGAAAAAAGUUAGACUUAUCGGGAAAGAAGUUCAAAAAAGAAAAAACAAAUACUUUGAUGCUAAACUAAAAGCAUUGAAAGCACGCAACGAGUACAUUCUGUGUCUGGAAGCAACCAAUAGUACAGUACACAAAUACUUUGUCGAUGACUUAUCCGAUCUAAUGGAUUGCAUGGAUUUUGGAUUUCACCACUGCGUGACGAAAGCUUUAAAGAUGCAGACAUCGGCGGAAGAAGGCCGUAUUCAUUCCAUGCAAGCUGGCCUAGACGCUACUAACCUUAUUGUCUCAGCUAUGGAUUCUGGUGUGGAUAAACAACGCUUUUUAGAAUUUAACCAUACCGCGUUUAUGAUACCUAAGAAAUUUGAAUUUCAAGGACAAAAGGAUGAGUAUGCGGAACCAGAAUUGCAAAAAUUACUCUGUGCUGAUAUGGAAACAAGGUUGGAACAGCUGAAUCAAAGAGUGACGAGCCUGCACACCGAGUCCGACGAGGUGUGGAAAACACUGGCUACUGCCGAAAAAACUCUUUUGGAGAUGCUUACUGCGAACGAUUACGAUUGUAGCAAUUAUUUCGGCGAAAAGGCAAUUCCAACUAGUAAACCACCAGAAACCAUUAGUAUUAAGUUGCGAGCAGACAAACACGAGACUGAAGAAUUUUAUCUAACCAAACUACGAGAUUAUCUCAUGAGAACGAGUCGAAUCGUACGUCUAGAUGCCAAACAACAGCACAUAAACGAAACGUUAACAUCCAUAUGUUGCAAGCGUCCCCAAAAUGGCAACGUCGAUUCGACGCCUGCUAAACUGACGCCCCAGCGUCCGUUACACAAACCGAUUGUCCGUAGGAAAAGGAUUGGAAGGUUGCAGAUGAACGGUCAACCAAAAUUGUUCGGUGGAUCUUUGGAAGAGUAUUUGGAUGCAACAAAUCAAGAGAUACCACUGGUUAUUAAAAGCUGUAUUCGAGUGAUAAACUUAUACGGACUUCACCAUCAAGGAAUCUUUAGGGUAUCUGGCUCGCAAGUGGAAAUUAACAAUUUUAAAGACGCGUUCGAAAGGGGCGAAGAUCCGCUUGCCGAUAUGACAGACGCUUCCGACAUAAACUCCGUCGCUGGAGUGUUAAAAUUAUACUUACGUGAAUUGCGAGAACCUCUAUUCCCAAUUAUCUAUUUUGACCAAUUUAUGGAACUCGCCCAACUCGAGUCACGUCAUAAAUUUGUGUUGAAGAUUAAAGAACUCGUUCAAAGCUUCCCAAAUCAAGUGGUUGUUAUGUUGAGAUAUUUGUUUGCGUUCCUAAACCAUUUGUCCGAGUUCAGCGACGAAAACAUGAUGGAUGUUUACAAUCUGGCUAUUUGCUUUGGUCCGACAUUAGUGCCGGUUCCCGAAGAAAAAGACCAAGUUCAAUACCAGAAUCUGGUCAACGAUCUCAUAAAAAAUAUUAUUUUAUUCCACGAAGACAUAUUUCCGUCGUUGUCGGAAAUUGGGGGGCUUGUGUACGAAAAGUACAUAUCCCGCGAACCUGACGACGUGGACGUGGGCGAUUCACCUUCUGACCAUGCCCAAGAGGACAUCGACUCUGAGGUUUACCCAUCAGAAGAUGAAUGCGAAAGUCUCGAAGCUAUAGCACAGCAUGAUUUCGUCGCUCGUUCAGAACGGGAAUUAAGUUUCAAGAAGGGUGAAACCAUUGCUCUUCAUACACAAGUUUCUGGAGAUUGGUGGCGCGGUUGUGUCAACGGUCGAGAAGGUCUUAUACCUGACAAAUAUAUACUUCUUAAGAUCAGGGACGAAGAACGUGAGAAACCCGUGGCCGAACCUUGUGCCAAGUCCAUCACGUCUUCGGACGAUUCGACCAGACGACGGACGUCCAGCUCUAACGAUUCGGUGCUAUCCGAGUCCGCUGCUUCCGGUUACUCAUCGCCGCCGUUGGCCGACGUGCCGUGGCCACCGAACUCUGCGGGCUCCGGAACCUCCGCGGGCAGAAACUCAGCGUCGUCUUCGCCACACCGCCGGGCUGUGCCCGACGCUCCCACUCACGAGAUGGGCAGCACCGACAGCUUGGACUCGGGAAAGGACUCGGCAGUGGACGAACAGUCGCCGCUUCACGACGGAAUCACGAGGGCGGCCGCGUGCAGACAGCCAUCGUCGUUCGCGGAUGGCCGGCGGAGACGCGGCGACAAGACCUAUUCGACGUCAUCGCCGCCACCGGUAGCUGCUCGCGAACACCACAACCGAUCAAAGUCGGCGGACUGCAGUGGUGGCGGUGACGACGACGGUUCGCGGGCCAAGACUCACGCCAAGAGCCUGAGUAUGGGCGACGACUCGUUCGACCACAAGAUCCAGCUGUGGCGGAAGCGGGCUGACUCGCAGGGGUCUAUCGACCGGAAGCCGCUUCCCGCUGUCCGAAACCAGCUCCAACAACACCACUGCACCGCCGACAUGAAUAAGGUGCCCGGCGGCGCUCCGGACCUGGUCAUGGACCUUCCGGCCAGGACUUCCGGUGGGGGUGGUGGUGGCGCGUCGGCUCCACAGGAAGCGAGCGCCGCGGCGGUCGCGACCCAAGAACCCGACAGCCCAGACAUGGGCACAGCCGCCGAGCGGUUUGCCAAGCAGAACCAGUGCACGUUGAAGAAGUAUAGCAAACCGGUGCCCGCGGUGCCUCAUCUGGCCAACGGCGACAAACCCGAACUGCCACCCAAGUCGACCAAGCCACCGCUCAAGGCCAAACCACAGAUAUUCAAAAAACCCGUCUUCCUCGCGACCGGAAAGUCGGCUAAUGAUGGACCGGCGCCACCACACGCUUAGCAUCGUGUCUACCUACAACUUACUUCUGGUGGCGCGAAUUCCGGGUUUCCGGUUUUCGAGCGUAAAACGUUUAACGUCUCAUCUGGAUCACGACAACCGACAACGGACAAAGAUAAUAAUUAUAAAAUCUAUACUUAAUCAUUUAUUAUUAUUUUUUUUUUUGCAUACCGUUAAUUAAGUAAAAGUAUCCUGCUCUCUAUAGUGACUGUUCCCUGGGAUCCUCUUUAGAUGUUACGCAAUUGACACUCGUCAAGCACACCCUAUGCUAUAUAGUAUUAUAGUAUAUGUUAUAUGUUAUCCAAUCGAAUCCGUUAGUCAAACAUAUUAUAUGGAUAUAGCGAUUGUCUUUUAAGUAUCUUCCCUAUAAAUCGCCACUAUUGACGAUUGAUCGUUUUUUAUAUAUCCUGCAAUAUGACGUCAUUAUAUACCUAUACGCAUAAUGAUAUAAUAUUAUUAUCUUCUAUAAACGGAGCCAUUCCUUUUUCAAACCAUUCUUUUUAAAAUAUAAUAUUAUAUAUAAAUAUUUAAAUUAUUAUAUAUUCAUUUGAACAUUAUUUUUUAUUGAUAAAUAUGAAAAAUAUAUAUAUAUAAUACACAUACUAUGAUAUUAUUAUAGAUAAUCAUUACAAGUCUAUGUGUGAAUUCAACUAUGCCGUUCGUGUGCGUGUGUGUUUCCUACGUCCCAGAGUGUUUACGAAAGCAUACAAAUAAUCAUAUUUAUUAAAUCGAACCUGAUCUCAAAUUAUAUUAUAACGAAGUAUACACCAAUAAUUAUUAUUCGAAGUUACUACUAUAUAGAUUCUGCGGACGGAGUUUUUAUGCGACAACGCGAAGGCCUAAUAUUUUUUUCGAUUUACGCUCAAAUCGCGUUUGAAUACUAAAUAUAUGUGUAUGUAAAAGUAAUUUACUAGCGCCCGUUUAGUUUGUCCGGACAUUUUUCUAUCGAGGUCAUGUUGAAUAGCACUCAAUCUGAAAUGCUAUCGUCGAGACCUGCCACGGACGUCUGAAUUCCGAGAGGAUCGCACCGCGCCGCUCCCACGUGGACAAUAAAAACGUAAUGAAUUGUCGAGCUCAUUGAAUUGCGUCGAGACUGAAAAUAUUUUCGUGCUUUUACCCUUUUUGCAAGUGGAACGAGACUGAUUGUAUAGUAUUUUAUGAAGAGAUCAUGAUAAUAUAUAGGAUUUGUAGAUUUUGUUUUGUACGUGGAAUUCAAGGGGGAAAAAUGUAAGACAAACAUUAUAUUUAAGUAAUUUCCAAAUUGGUUCCUGUGUCAAAUUUAAUGUUCCGUUCCGUUUUUAACUGAUCUGUAAUAUGAUAUAAUAUUAUUUACUCAUUGUAAGGUAAACUCUCACCAGGACACCAACAACAUUACACUGAAAUAAUAAUGUGAUUAUUGUUUUAGGCGCAGAUACUAAGGGAGGGCCAUAUUUUAUAAGAAUUAGAAAAAUAACUUCCCUUAAUCAAAAAAUCGUAUAAGAAGUAAUUUACCAUUAUGAGAUUAUUUCGUUUUCUUAUCCAUUAUUAACAUAUUACCUAUAUAUUAAUUAGUAGCUAUAUAAUAUUAUACACAUUCCCUUCUGAUUGGCCCUCCUUCAAUUUUCAAACCUGGUUCCGAGCCAGAAUUUAUUUCCUUUUCGAAAUUUUACAAUUCGUAUUUAUUUGAAGUAUAUUAUAUACCUAUAUAUAUAUUUGAUGUAAUAUAAAAUAAUAUGUUAUCUAAGCGUACUUCCCGAAAAGAUUUUGCGUACUUGCAUCAAAAUCGUAUUAUUAUUAUUAUUUAUUUAUUAUUAUUUUUUGACAUUGUUGUAAUAUUAUUUUUAUUAUUAUAAUUAUAUUUUAUGUUGCCAUACUUUGGACGAGUAAAUUAUGUUAACGUGUAUGUAACGACUAGUAAUCGCCAACAUAUUGGCCAACUAAAAUGUAUUUUCCAUUUUGAUAUUGUUUUAAAACCGUUAUUUUAUACAUGAAUUCAUUAUUUUAUGUCGACAGGGUGAUACCAUAACAUACUCGUCCUCCGCCAAAAUUUGCGAUUAACGUAAUAUUGUUCUACCCAUAUAAGUAUUUUUUUAAACAUUUAUUAUUGAUAUAUUGUGUUACGAUCCGCGUAUAAAAUUCUAAAAUAAAGAAAAAAUAUUUAUUUUUUACGCUAAAAAAAAAAAAAAACGUUUGAUAUUGCUUAAACAGAUUCCCCACAAACAUACAUUAUAUUAUAUUAAAUAGAUAUACCCGCGUGACGUUUUGUCGAAAUAUUAUAACUAUUUUCGUUCCUAUAUUUUAAUAAUAAUAUGUAUAACAUAGAUAGUUCAAUGCCAAUUUGGUUGCCAAACGUUCCCUUAUUUUUGUACGCGCUCCCGAUGUAUGUCUCGUGUACGCGAAAUGUCUUGUUUUUGUUUAUAUAAAAUAUGUACGAUAUAUCCUAGUACUCCAUCUCAUUCUCUAUACAAUAACUGUCAUUAUACAUCUGUCUAUUAUCUGUCUCUCUCUCUCUCUAUCUCCGUACAUGUUUAAUGUAUUUAAUAAAUAACAUUAUAAUAUAUUAAUAAGCGUGUGCAUUUGUGCCCCCAGCGUGUUUGUGUAUAUAUUAUUACGUAUUAUCUUUGUCAUCGGGAAAUAAGUAUUAAUUAUGUAACGAUUUGUCGUAUAUAACCCGAAAAUGCAGUUAAGUCGAAUUGUCGUAUUAACGAGCAGCGUUUAUAUGGAUUGCGUACUUCCGAACAUGCAGUUAACUAGCUGAAUGCGUCAGUCUUGCGUUUAGGAUGUUUCCAAUUAUUAUUCACACUGACCCUAAUAUUUAUCGAUAUUACGCGCAAUUCAUCCUCUAUUGAGGAUAGUAGAUUUUCAUCGAAAUUAUAGCCAUAAGUGUAGUUAUUUUUUUUUUUCAAAUUUUAAUAUUUUGUUUUAUCAAUAAAUAUUUGAUUAACUAAUAAAAUCAUUAUUGCUGUACUAAAAUAGUUUUGAAAAAAAAAAUAUAUUUUUAUAGUUAUUAUGUAUUUUAUAAGUACAUUUAAAAAUGAACAAUAUUUCAUCAAUUUUUCAAUAAUAUUUUUUCUUGCUUGAUUUUCGAUAAACAUUUUAGCGAUCAAACGGUACGCUUUCUUUCCCCACGGACCUAGUUAGAGUAGAAAACUCGUCGGCAAAUUGUAUUAUUUUACGAAAGAAAAACAAGAAAAUAUUUAUGUUCAUGCGAAGGAUGAUAAUUAAUCGCGUUGAAAACUUUUCCGAUUUGACGUAACACAGGAUUUAUUGGUGUAUAUGACCAAAAACGGUAGCUCCAUUGAAGGUCAUGUAUUUCCUGUCUUUUUUUCUCUGAUUAAAAAUGUCUGUCCACGCAUUUUACGUAUUCUUACCGGGCCCUUCUAUUAUAUUAUGCUAUUCUACAUAUUCUGUAUGCGUUCUUUUUAUUUUUUUUUUUAGUCAAAAUCCAUUACGUCAUUUUUACGUUAUUAUUCAACUUUCACACAUACAAUACCCUUCGUGUAAAUAAAUAACGUACAACGCCGUUGCGCACAAAAAUUCCUACUAUUAUUAUUAUUAUUAUUAUUAUUAUUUUAUACCGUCGUCGUACUACUACAGUCAACGACGCCGGCACGUGCGAUGCACGUCCUUCCGCCGGUCGUCUUUUAAUAAUAAUAACGUUGAGCGUAGUCACUGAAUUCGAGGGCGCUUUUAACUCUUUUCACACUAAGCGAAUACAAAAAGUAAAAAACGUAUUUUUAUUUUUAUUAUUAUUAUUAUUAUUAUAAAUGCACGUCGUUAUUCCAAAAGUAGGGGUCUAGGCGUGCUCGCGUGUGUACGAUGACAACGAUAUUUUAGUGUGUAGUAUCGUGGACUACGUUAUAAUAUGUAAACUAUAAUACCGCAGGGUGGCACACAAAUAAUACAUAUUACUCUACUAAUUCAUAAUAUUUCAUGUAUGUAAUAAUAUUUAACUGUACGAUAUUAUGAUAACAAACUUAAAGAAAAUAUUAUGAUUUCAAAAUAAAACUCAUUAUUAUACAAUAUUAUACUAUUAUCAUCA